GUGCACAUGCGUCCUGAAUCACUUCCGCUUUGACCGGAUGUCGGCAUUCCAGUUUCCGGUUUAAUUCCUGUAUCCUGUCAUCCCAGAGAUAAACAACUAAAAUGAGUGUUGCUGCGUCAAAUAAACAAAAAUAUAACGUGCGUGGCAGCUUUAGAUUUCAGCCGACGGUGUUUGGGUCUAAGGAGCACUGUUGUGUGCCGCUUUGCUCGUCUUCAGGUCGCUAUAAUAGCCGUUUGAGCUUUCACCGUUUCCCUAAGGAGACAAGCCUUCGUUUGUGCUGGCUGCAAAAAAUCAGAAGAGAGGGAUUUACGGUAACUCCUCACACCAAGGUAUGUAGCCGACAUUUCCUGGAGAAUGAAGUAAUUACUACAGAAAAGGGAAGACGAAUUUUAGCAGCUGGGUCGGUUCCAUCAUUAUUUGAGUGGAACAAAUACAGCAGGAAGACACGAGCAGGUGUUUGGGAGCGCCGUUGUCGACCAUCUAAUCCAGAACCUGAUUCGGCGGAUCCAAUUGAGGACAAUGAACCACCCGUCAUGGUACCUAUGGUCGUGGACCAUGACUACGGCGCCAGCAGAACCGUGUGUGUUGACCGGGAGCAAUAUCACAGCAUGCUGAGAGAAAUUGAGCAACUGAAAGAGCAGCUCCGAUCCUGUAGUCUUCAAAAGCCGUUUGGACUGGAACGUUUUUCUACGUCACCAGAAGACAUCAGAUUUUACACCAGGUUCCCCUCAUAUGAGCAUCUGAAGGCGUUUUGGAACUUGAUCGAGGCAGCAACAGCCAAAAUGGUCAGGGUCACCAGAGCAAAGAAAACCGACGUCAUGAGUACAACAACUGAAACCCCUUUUACCAGACCAACUAAACUGCUGCCAAUAGAUGAGCUUUUUCUUUUCCUCUCCUACCUGUCUACUGGAUGUACCCAGAGGGAACUGGGCCAUCGAUUUAACAUCCACAGAGCAACAGUCAGCCGCAUUAUUGUGACAUGGGCCAACUUCCUGUACUGCUUAUUGGGCUCAAUUUGUGUGUGGAUGUCUCCUGCAGCUGUGAGUUCCAGUCUUCCACAGGAUUUUGAUGGCCGCUACAGUGACACACAAGUUAUCCUGGACUGUACAGAACUACGGUGUCAAACACCUUCAUCCCUGCUCCUCCAGAGUGAAGUCUUCUCCACCUACAAAUCCCACUGUACCUUUAAGGCCAUGGUGGGCAUGUCUCCUCACGGAGCCCUGACAUUUGUGUCAGCACUGUUUGAGGGUUCCAUGAGUGACAAGGAAGUGUUCCGUCAAUCAGGGAUUACAUCACUCUUGACACUGGACAUGGCCAUCAUGGUGGACAAGGGAUUCUUGGUGGAUGAUCUCGUACCUGGGACUGUUCAUCGUCCUGCCUUCCUCUCCAAGAGGGCCCAAAUGUCAGAGGUCGACGUUUUGAAGACCCAGUCCAUUGCCCGUUUGAGGGUGCAUGUUGAGAGGUUAAUAAGAAGAGUUAAAGAAAAUAAACUCUUUGAUUCCACUAUCCCUCUCUCCAUUGCAGGAAGCAUAAACCAAAUUUUUACAGUUGCCUGUCUCCUGUCAAAUUACCAAAAUGGACCUUUGGUCAGGAAAUGGAGAUAUGAAGUUUGACAGAAAAGCUGAUGGCACAGUCUUGAAGAAACAGAAAAUGCUGUCAUUUACUUACAUUGACAUUGUCUUACAUUUGUAAAUAGAUAUUCAUGAUGGAAAUAUUUUGAAACAAAUUUGUACAUUUGAUUUGAUCAAACUCCUAAUUUAGACAUUUCUGCAGGUAAACAUAGAAAAAAUAUCUGUCUACU